AUGGGACCGGCGUUUGUGGGCCUCAUGGCUAGAAACUCGUGGGCUUCUCGAAAAGACUCCCCGGCCCCCGCCCGUGCUUCGAGGCCGAACAUGGCAGGCGGCCCCUCCGAUGAUCGGCGAAGUCAACACUGUAUGUAUGGUGGAGACUGGCGUCCGAGCAAAUCAAUAAUCGUUUCGUCUUCAGUAGUUAGAUUGACUCAGACUUACUGGGCCAUCGUUCAUAUGUUAACUACAAUCUUCCAUCUCCAUCGUGUGACGGCGAACCUACUGACACAAUGCAGCGCUGGUGUGAUCGGGCUAAGCACUGCUGUGAGACUCCAGCAGGAUGGCUACAACGUAGCUAUUGUAGCCAAGGAUUUCCCCAGUCCUUUCGAGGCCGUCGAUGCCAAAGCCUCGAUCAACUACACAUCCCAGUGGGGAGGCGCUCACAACCGCUGGGUCAUACCGGCGAACGAAACUGAAGAGCGAGAUCAUGCGAUGGCACUCGUGACAUUCCAGCAGAUGGAGUCGUUGAACAAGAGCAACCCAGAAGCUGGUAUCACCUUCAUGCCCGGCAUCGAGUACCUGGAGAAUCCUCCGGCGCAGUACAGGAGCCUGACCGAGGAAAAGGCCAAGAGCUUAGGGCUAGUAGAGUUUCGGCGUUUGAAGCCGAGCGAGUUUCCAGACGACAAAGUGAAGUGGGGCUGUGAGUAUUGGACAUGGUGUGUGAACCCCAUGAUCUACUGCUCUUUUCUCCUUCGCAGGUUCUCCUGGAACGGCGGCAAAGUGUUCCGUAGAGAGAUCAGCAACCCGCGCGAAGGUUUCACAAUCAAGGGACUAGCUGAUGUACGGGCCGUCAUCAAUUGCUCCGGGGUUGGGUUUGGGGACAAGGACUCGUUCAUUACACGAGGACAAACAUGUGCUGUGGCCAACUACAGCCCAGCAACAGUGACACGACAGAAUGCCGAUGGCUCUUGGUCAUUCUGCGUGCCCAGAAACUUUGAUGGUGGCACAAUCGUCGGUGGCACAAAGGAACCCGACAACUGGGACCCUUAG